AUGUCUAAAACUAUUACCGUUGAAGAGGUUGCUCAACAUAAUAUUGAAAGUUCCAUCUGGAUCAUUGUUCAUGACAAAGUUUAUGAUGUAACAAACUUUUUGAAUGAACAUCCUGGUGGCAAGAAAGUCUUACUCAAAGUCGCUGGUUCGGACGCGACGAAACAGUUUGAUAACUUUCACUCAUUAGACGUGCUAAAAAAAUACUCCCCUCAAUUACAAAUUGGUAAUAUUGGCAAUGAUCAAGCUGAAGAACAAACACAAGAAGCAGGUUCGGGUGAAGGUCCAUUCGGAGAUCUUGUACCAUUUGGUGACCCAUAUUGGUACCAAGACUUUUACAGUCCGUAUUAUAAUGAAUCGCACCGCCGUCUACGUGCUGCUAUGCGCAAGUUUGUGGAUACAGAGAUCAUGCCUUACACUUUUGAGUGGGAUGAAGCUAAAACAACUCCUAAAGAACUUUUUAUAAAAGCUGGUAAAGCCGGUAUUUUACCUGGAGUCUGUGGCGCCCCGUGGCCAACAAAAUAUGCACAGUAUCCUCCGAUUGGUGGUGUCAAACCAGAAGAAUUUGAUAAUUUUCAUGAAUUCAUCAUUACAGAUGAAUUAGCUCGUUGUGGAUCAGGGGGUAUUCUGUGGGGUUUAACUGGUGGUUUAGGUAUCGGUCUCCCACCCAUUAUGAAAUUCGGAACUGAUGAACUCAAACAGAAGGUUGCACCAGAAUGUUAUGCUGGAACAAAAAAUAUUUGUCUUGCUAUUACAGAACCUUAUGCUGGAUCAGAUGUUGCCAAUCUUAAAACAGAGGCAAAACUUACAGACGAUGGAGAAUACUAUAUAGUUAACGGAGAAAAGAAAUGGAUCACCAAUGGUGUGUUUGCUGAUUACUUCACUACUGCAGUUCGCACAGGAGGUCCUGGAAUGGGUGGAAUCUCUCUUCUUUUGAUUGAAAGAACAAGACCAGGUGUUAAAACUCGUCAAAUGCAAUGUACUGGUGUAUGGGCUUCAGGCACCGCUUAUGUCACAUUUGAAGAUGUAAAAGUUCCAAAAAGUAAUCUUGUUGGAAAGGAAAAUCGCGGAUUUAAGUGUAUCAUGCAUAACUUCAAUCAUGAACGAAUGGGAAUCGCUGUUCAAGCUAGCCGAUUUGCUCGUGUAUGUUACGAGGAAUCUAUGAAAUAUGCUCAUAAACGAAAAACUUUCAAUAAAACACUUGUUGAACACCCAGUUAUUCGUAAUAAACUCGCUCAUAUGGCACGACAAAUUGAAGCCACUCAUGCCUGGAUGGAAAGUCUAAUUCACCAAACAAACUUUAUGCAUGGAGAAGAAGCAAUGACAAGACUUGGUGGUCCAAUUGCGUUAUUGAAAGCACAAGCAACACAAACAUUUGAAUUUUGUGCUCGAGAAGCUGCUCAAAUUUUUGGCGGUUUAUCUUACUCUCGUGGCGGUCAAGGUGAAAAAGUCGAGCGUUUAUAUCGUGAAGUGCGUGCUUAUGCAAUUCCUGGCGGUUCUGAAGAAAUUAUGCUCGAUUUGGGCAUUAGGCAAUCUCUGAAAGUUGCACAGUUCUAUGGAGCCAAACUUUAA